GAUAGUCGUAGAACAGCUGUGUCGUUUUUGCAAUUUAGAUUUUUCUUGCCCAGUUCAAAAGUUGUUUCUUAAAUUUAAUGCAUUUGUGUGUGAAACGUACAAAAUGGAGCGCAAAGAAGUGGAUACACAACAGUUCAUCGACCACACGCUGCUGGCGACGGAGUUGAUGCAAAACAACUUUAUGAUGGAUCUCAUGGACCACACGGGUGUAUUUCCGAAAACAGAAGGACCCACCAAUCUUAGUACCACGACACACCACAGCACCACCAAUGGCGGCGGCUAUGUGGAAAAGCAUACGCUAACAUCGCCGGAGCUCAAUUUUCACAAUACGAUCUUCCAGUUCGUCAACAAACAUGUUGUCGAGGAGCCGAACGGAGCGCGAACAGACGCUGUGCCCACGUCACCUGAACGCACAACAAACAACUAUGUCAAAGAUACGGACGUGGAGUUUCUCACACUAAACAGCAGUUUCUUGGAUCGCGCUGAUGCGGCUGCAGCUGCAACAGCUGGUGGCAACGAGAAUGUGGUGGCCCAGCAGGUGCCACAGCCCACCUUUCCAGCUCUGGCCAUCGAGCCGACAGUGCCCAUUGACGUCAAUGCAGCGCUGCAUGGCGACGAUCUGCUCUACGCCCACAAUGCAUCCGUAACGAACGCACGCAAGGUGCUGCCCCAUAAGAAGCGCAUCUCACGCAAGCUCAAGGGUUCUGUUUGUGGUCUUAUGGAGGGCGAGCUGGAGCAGCAUAAGCAUCAACAUGUCGUGUCUACAGUGGCCAACUAUAGCUGCGAAAUAUGCGGCUAUGCAGUGAACACACAAAUCGAAUUUUAUGCCCACCUCAAAGAGCACUACGAUCCGGGCAGUCUUCAGCAGCGUCUAGAUGUGCCACAACAGCAGCAGCAGCAACAGGUGCAGCAGCAGCAAGUGCAGCAGCAGCAGGUUCAACAGCAGCAGCAGCAACAACAAAAGGAGCCGCUGGACAUGUGCGGCUUGUCCGCUCAGGAUAAGUUGCAGCAAGAGCAGGCCAAGCUGGAUCAAGUGUUUCAGGAUGUGCAGCUGAACUUUGAGAACUUUCACAACAUUAGCCAUGUGGAUGACGAUGUGGUGGACGAUGUGGGCGUCAAUAUGGUCAUACAUGCAGAUGCCAUGUCGCUGCACAAAGCCGAUGGCAAACUGACGCCCGUCGGAGCUGCGAAUGCUACUGCAACAAAUGCUGUGGCCGUUGUGGAUGAUGUGGAGUUCAGCGAUACGGAAGAUAUGUUAGAGGGCAUACGCAACGUGGUGGACAAAGUGUCUGUAGAGGAUACCUGCGAUGCGCCUUGGUUUAAUAACAAUUUCAGUGACAUUGCCUUCUCGGGUCUGUUGCUGCCGGGCGAACCGCCGCCGGUGCCCCCUCCAGCAGCACCUACUCCACCCGCUGCGACGCUACUAAAGUCGUCAAAUCACAUGGAUGACCAUCCGCAGGAUGAGCAGCUGACGCUGAAUUUCCUAAAACAAUCUACACAACCCAAACUGGAGAUGGGUCACAAGAAAAGCUACAUUGAGGCAAUUGCUGCAGCUGAAGCUGCGGCAGCAGCAACGGCUGCCAUGACAAACUCAACCGCAACCUCAAUGUCGCCGCCAGCACGCACGCCCACGCCCAACGAUGGCUCCACCAUCGAGCAGCUGCAGCGUUCGCCUCUAAUGCUCAGUGAAUCCUUUAAGCUGGAGGAUGUGGAGACCGCAGCGCCUACAGUCAGCGCCAAUUCAUCGCCAGCGGCGGCCGACGUCAUCGACGACAACGCAGAUAGCUAUCUCAUGGAACCGGACAAGCCGCCGGUCGAUGAGCCUAGCGAUACCAAGCGCAAGUUCCACUGCGAUAUUUGCGCCCGAGAUUUUAAUUCAUACAAUGCGCUCAAGUAUCAUCAGUAUACGCACACCAAGGAGCGAGCCUAUCCGUGCAACACAUGCGAGCGAUCCUUCUACACGCAGAGCGCACUCAAGGCACAUGAACGAACACAUUCCGGCAUCAAGCCGUACAAGUGUGAGAAAUGCGACUUCAAGUUCCGGCAGUGGGGCGAUCUCAAUUACCACAUCAUCUCACGGCACACCGAGGUGAAGGCGCACAUGUGCGAGUACUGCGGCAAGAGUUUCUCGCGGAAGUACUCCCUAGUGCUGCAUCGGCGCAUCCAUACCAGCGAACGGAACUAUGCUUGCCAAUACUGCACGAAAACGUUUCGGGCCAGCUCCUAUUUGUUGGCCCACACCAAAGUGCAUACGGGCGAGAAGCCGUACUCGUGCAGCGUCUGCGAUAAGAAGUUUCGCGUAUCCGGCGAUCUGAAGCGCCACACACGCAUACACGAUCCGGCACGGUUGGGUCAAACCACAUCGGAGUCGGCGACAAAGAAACGCAACAACAAGCUGAAGCAAAUCGAGGACGAGGAUGUCGAGGCGAUCAUCAAAAACAAGUCUGAAGCCCUGUGCGGCGAUGCUGAACAGGAAAUCUUGGGCUUAUAGCCCAAUGCCAAAAGGUUUCUACGCAAAUAGUAUUAGCGUGACAAAUACAAAGACGACAACGUCUCUGUACAAUGUAUAUAGUUAAG